GCUGAUUAGAAGACUACAGAUUCAAGCCAUCAAUGGAACUGUAAAGAUAUGUAAAACUUUCCAAAAAUUUAGCACAUAAAUACAUAUGCAUGCAUCUAGACAUAAAAACGCAUCCAUAAAACAAACAUACAAAUCUGCGCAUACACUAACACCAAAUACUGCACACACACACACACAUAUGCACAAAUACCUAGAUGAUGUUGAUAAAAGUUCCAAUGAAGGAGCCUUGAAUCUAUGUUAGAGUCCGGCUCUUUCUCUAUGGACAAGAAAUACAGAAAUGAAACUGAUUGAUAACAUACAUACAUACAUACAUACAUGCAUACAUAUAUACGUAUAUACACAUAGGCAUUGAGGAACACAUAUCAUACGAAGGUAUUAUGAAUAAAGAUAGUAACCUGAGAAUAUUAUACCAGACUUAGAAAAAUAUGGCAGUUGGAACUCUCUUCUUACAGCAAGACAAUAUGCUUUGAUGCAGUAUCAGUGCUGAUCCUAACAUUUGGGAUUCUUGAUUGGUCUGUGGAAGGAAUCUUCUCCAUAGACAUUAAAACCUGCAAGAUACUGACAUCAACUGGAAAUCUCCCCUAGGAGAGUGGUAUCAGCAGGCUCUAAUAAAAGAAGAGAUUAAGGGGAUAGAGGCUUGAGAUUAGUGCAGACAGCCUUCGAAUGUUGUAGUCUUUCUCUGGCAGCAUUUACUAAACAACAGCAGAAAAAUAAAUACAUUAGCUAAGUACUGAAAAGUCACAAGAACAAUAUCUUAUCUGUUGACAGUGAACUCCUCAGGAAGCACUCUCUUCUUCAUGACCUGACAUACAGUCAGACAAACAUACCUUAAAGAAGAUCUCAAUAUGAAAUGCUCAGCAUACCAAAAAGAAAAGACCAUACAUGGGUAUGUUUCAUGAAGGCUUGUAGAAGACAGUAAUAUUGACAUGAGGUGAAGCUUCUCUUGGACUCAUUACAGUUUCAUCACAUCACAUUUCAAAGGUUUAUACAUUUGCCAUCCAAGAGCAGGAGAGUGCUACUAAAUACACAAUAAAUAAAAAAGGCAAUGAAGCUCUUAGUGUUCCAAGAUGCAACUGAAAAUGCAGAUUAUGUCACACUUCUGUGGAAGACAUCACACAUGUGAUUAGCAACUGCCUAAAAAUGUCAUCAAGUUACUACCUCCAUGUGCAAUACAACAUUGCUGCAAAAACAUAAUACAAUGCCUUUUGGAAAAAGAGACUGUCCUGGAAUAGAUAUAGAGAAUCUUCCUUUUAUUGGAUAUGUACAUAAACAUUAACACAAGGAAUAUUGGUGGACAUUCCCAUCAAUGAUUUGUCAGCAGUUGUUUGCAAAUGCCUCCCCCUUGUAAACAUAAGGACACAGGAAAUAUGUCAAGGCCGACAGGAAGUGGUGCAGCUUCCUAGGUCUAACCAACAGUAGUAUUAUUCCCUUCAGGGGACUGUCACAUUAAGUUGACAGCAUACAACUACUUCAUCAUAUCACUACUGCAUAAAUCUGGUCUCAUAGAAGAACGCGAAGGUUAUGAAGAAGGUUCACCAGUAAAAUAUCUUUGGCUAAAAGCUGUUUGAGAUUGAAAUUUGAAUGAAAGUUCCAUCUGGGCAGCAAGUCAACCGGCAAACCACCCGAAUUGUACGGGUUGGUCCCAAAAACAUAUUCCGUGCGAAUAUAACAACAACAGAGGUUAAGUAUGUAAAUGCUAGCAAUGUGUUUCCCAGGGUCAGUCCAUACCAGACUCCAACCAUCUCUACUGCAGCUCUGUCAAAGUCACCAUAUAACAGUUAUCUCAGAAAUAACUCCCACCCAUUGCCAUUGCUACCAAAGUUGAAUGAAAGCUCUUUGGAAACAAUCAAAAUGCAGAUUGCAGCAAGUAAAACAACUACAACAACAACAACAACAACACCAACACCAACAUCAACACCAGCACCAUUAACAGCAGCAACAGAAACUAUGAUGACAGCAGUUAUGUCAGGAGAAUGUGUGACAGCUGUGAAUGAUACAAUCGAAGACAGUGUUAGGUUGAAACAAUCAAUGACCUCAUACAGUGUAAAUGGUAACAGUAGACAUGACAUUGCAAUAUGUAGCAGUGUCACUCCAGCUGCAAAAACUGACAAUUUGAACUGUGAAGACAAUGAUGAUAAUGUUACUUCCAGUGAGAGUUUAUCCUUGAAUCCAGACCCAAAUGAUAGCGGCACAGUUAGUGAAUCAAAAUCACUGAUGGAUGCACAAUUGGCCAAUAUUGGGGAAAAUUACAUGGAAGAGACAAAGACACCCCUCUUUGAUCCAAAAGAACAAGAGAAGCGGAAUAGACGUAAGUUCUAUUGGUAUGGCAGUCACAAAUUGAUUAAACCGAUAAAAGACAUUCCUCUGAGAUUUCAACUAAUGCUCGCAGAAACCAAUGCAGAAAAAGCUCGGUGUGAAGGUCGGCCUAUUAUUCUUCGCCAGCAGAUGGAUCUUGCUGAACAGUUUAUGACUCCUGGAAACACUUUUGGUCCAGAUACGCCUUGCUUUUUGCCAGGCUUUAAUUAUGACCAGCCUCGGGUUUGUUCAACCAAUGGCUUUGUUGAGAAAAAAGACAAAUCUGGUUUGACAGUUAAUUCUACUUCCAGUAAAGGGUCUGCUGCUGCUGUGACAAGCACUUCUAGUGAUUUAAUGACUAAUGCUAGUGGGCUAAUGACAUCGCUGUCUCCCAUUACUCAACCACAUCCAGCUAUGUAUACACUGCAUAUGUACAAUCCUGGCUGCAAUCUGGAAGGUUCAACUUCACCAGCAGGUAGUACAACUGCAAGUGCAUCUACUGCAAAUGCAUCUACUGUUACCAGUGCCACAGGGGCUCAUACCAACCCCACCAGCUCUUCUAGUAGCGCCUGCUGUGUGCGCUUGCCAAACCCCAAUGUUCCUGGAUACUUAACAAGAAUGUCAACCCAUAGCUUUCCACAAGCUCCAAUCUACUUCUCUCCACCAACUGUUUCAGCUUCAACGAAUGCACCUUCAUCUGCUCCAUAUAUGACACCACAACCAAACUUUACCCCAGGCUACCCACAAACCACAGCUUUACCCCACACUUUCAUACCAGGCUCUUCAUCUCUUGGGAACACUACUUUUGGUCUAGGGACAAUUAAUGCCUCAACUACAGGACAAGCUCUUUCCUAUCCUCAGUACACACCUUGCAUUAGUUACACACAAAAUAACCAAUACACUGUUACAGCAGUCCCACAGUAAAAAGAUUGUUACAUCAGCUCUGCAGCAAAUCAAGCGUUUCUUAUCACAGCUAUUUCUCCUCAUCUCUCUUCUCUUUGUUCUUUCUUCACUUCUUUCUUCUCUUAGAUGACACUGCAACACACAUCAUGACAUAGGCCACAGAUAUAAUACAACUCCAUUAUUUCUCUCAGAAAAUGAACAAAUCAUUUAAAGAGCUUUAACCACUUCCUAUCUUUAAUCUAGACAGCUGAGGUCUCAUUCAGCUUAGCCUUCAUCCACAUCUCUUGCUGGCAUGUGAACAAUCUGCUAGGUUCUCACUUCAAACUGGUGUUCUUCAAAUAGCCAAAUGUAUCAAAUACCAACUUGUGACUUUGACACUAUAUACCUGGUCAAGCUGCACCAUUUGCCACUUGAACUCAAUCUCUAACAUCUUGAGAUAUUUCUGAAACUUUCUGGAACUUUCUGGUGUCUCUCACUAAUCCAAAGUAAGCUUUAUCUUUCUUCUUAUAAAACUUUUACCUCCAUAUUGAAUGUAUUCUCUACCAGGUGGAAGUUGUAUAUGAGUUAAGGAUAAAUUGGCAUGGCAUUGACAAAAAGUGAACUAUUGACCUUAAAACCAUUAAAUUGACCAGCUGCUUGCACACACACACACACACACACACUCAUUCAUUCACACAUGCUAGAACAUACACAGCACACUCACUUGCUCACAGACAUAUAUUUAUAUAUAAACAUGUACACAUAUCAGUACAUAUAUGCACACAUAAAUGUGUGUGCUUUC